AUGCUGCAAGCAUAUCUAGGUCUAGCAGUAGUCUCCCUGACUGGGGCGUAUGCCGCUGCGCUCGAGACUUCCGGUGCUCCAUCGGCAACCGCCCGGCCAACUGCCGCAACUUUGUGGUCCUACAGCACCUUUACGUAUGAACAGCUGACGGUAAACCGGUACCCGACGCCGCUGCCAUCUCCUCUGACCAUCGCGACCCCAUACGCACCACACUUUACCGAGGUUUCGACAUUGUUGCCAGAGAAUGUCACUUACACGACGUAUUCCCUCAACCCGUCGGCUACAGCGUCCCCCGAUGGCCAGUACGGCCAGAGCGCCUACGCCGCUCUCUGGGCAAACUACACUUACACGCAUGAGCCUCCCUUCACGACAACCGCAUCCCCGACACCCAUCCCGUCCAGCGAGCUGGUAUACCCCCCUCAAUUGCCCGCCAGACCCCUGAAUGACAACACCGACCUCAAGUUCCCUUCCAACUUUGUAUGGGGCGUGGCUGCCAGCGCAUGGCAGAUCGAGGGAGGUCUCCAAAUCGAGGGUCGUGGCCCUGCUGUGCUUGACGUUGUUGGCGUCAACGGCCAGGGAUUGCUCGGUACCAAUGACUCGAAUGUGGCAGACAUGCACUACUUCCUGUACAAGCAGGACAUCGCGAGGCUUGCGGCUCUUGGCGUGCCGUACUUCUCCUUCUCCAUCUCCUGGACUCGUGUCGUGCCGUUUGGCAGGGCAGGUUCGCCGGUCAACCAGCAGGCGUUGGACCACUACGACGACGUGAUCAAUACUUGUAUAGAGUACGGCAUCACUCCGGUCGCAACGUUGAUGCACAUAGAUGACCCCGUUGGCAUCUUUGACAAUCUCGACGAGUUCCCAAAUCACUACGCCUACUAUGCCAAGCAAGUCAUGGCGCGGUAUGCGGACAGAGUGCCGUACUGGGUCACCUUUAACGAGCCAAACAUUGCCGUGCAAUUCACCCUGCCCAGCUACGAUGGAUUAACGGCGUUCCUCCUCGCCCACGCAGACGUCUACCGCUGGUACAAGGACGUCCUCGGCGGUACUGGCAGGAUCACCAUGAAGUUCGCAAACAACCUUGCUGUCCCUCUAGACCCAGGCAACCCAGACGACGUCGCAGCCUCCUACCGCUACCAAGACUUCAUCCUCGGCAUCAUGAGCAAUCCCCUCUUUUUGGGGAAACAGUUCCCCGAAGUAGUUCUCAACACGCCCAAGAUGAACGCCACGCUCACAAAGGCCCUGACCGACGAACAACUCGCCCACAUCAACGGCACCAUGGACUACUGGGCCUUUGACCCCUACGGCGCUCAAUACGCCACAAACCCACCAGGAGGCUACGAAGCCUGCGCGGCCAACUCCUCAGACCCCCUCUGGCCCUCAUGCGUGACGCUCACCACAAUUCAAGCCAACGGCUGGGCAAUGGGCGCGAUCUCCGAAGGCGGCGCCCUCAUCGCCCCGUCCUACGUGAGAGAGCAAUUCGGCUUUGUCUGGAACACGUACCGGCCGUCGGGCAUCAUGGUCACGGAGUUUGGGUUCCCGCAGCUGGCGGACGCGCAGACGUCGCACGAUGCGCAGCGGUAUGACUUCGAGAGGACAAUGUAUUAUCAGAACUUCUUGACCGAGACGUUGAGGGCUAUUCACGAGGACGGGGUGAAUGUCAUUGGGGCGCUGGCGUGGAGCUGGAUUGAUAAUAAUGAGUUUGGGAGCUUUGAGGCGCAGUAUGGGAUGAUGGGUGUGAAUCGGUCGGAUCCAGGGUUGGCGAGGUGGGUGAAGAGGAGCUUUUUUGACUAUGUGGACUUUUUCCAGAGUCACAUCUAG